AUCGAAAUUUAAGGAUGUUCGAAAACCCGUCUUCCAAACGCGCCGACGACCCCUGCUUCGAAUGCGUUCCUAGAGCAAUAAGUGCGUUUUUGUCACCUGUCAAAGACAGAACCGCGUGGGAGAGAGUUUCCGGCGUGGAUCCUCUCUCUGCUCCUUUAAAAGCGGCUCCGUGCAAGCAAUCGCUCUCUUUCUACGCGUGUCCUUCAGCGAUUAGGUUUGUACGGCGAUCCGUUGAUUAGCAACGUAUUUAAGCUGCGUGCGUCUUGAUAUUAACGAAUUUUGUGCAAGUGUCAAUAAAACCUUAGAAGUAGUAUAAACAAAUAUUGACGGCUUCGUGUGGUAUUUUUUACGGACGGCUACGUGCGUGAAACAUUGGUGACCCCGACGUGAUUUAAAGUAAAACGUGAAGUGCGAAAGUGAUAGUGCCAAAUACUAAGGUGAUAACCGCGUGAAAUGUCCAACGACGAGAAGGCGAUCAUCGAGGCGUCCCGCCAGCUAACGGCGCUGGAAGGAGCGGUGCACGGAAUAUUGGUUGAAGCCAACGCGGGAAAAAUGGACCCAACGAUGGCCACAGUAAAGGAGACGAUCCUUGCGUCGCUCUGGCAGGACGGCAACGCGGUCUUGUUGCGUUUCGAAGCGCUGACCGGUCCAAACCAGCGACGCAGGACAUUCUGCGAAGCCUUUGCGAAGGCAAAAUGUGCAUUGAUGAAGCUUCGCCAGGGCGAAGGAACCAUCGCCGCUUCCCUCGACGUGACGCGGGCAACCGCGGAGGAAUGCGCUCCCAACGUGCGAGAGACAUUCCUCGGGCACCUGCGCCAACUGUUUGAUAUGCCGAAGCUGACUACGGCGUCAGCGGUCGACUUGAUGCGCGUCAUCGACGUGGUAGAAACGUCGGUCGCAUCAGCGAAACAGGUCGCCGGUGUACCAGACCAACGUACGACGGUGAUCGAGGACGGGCUCCUCGUCUCGAUCGUGCUGAGCAAACUCGAUAAGCGCACUAUCGAGCGGGCUUCACUGCGACUGAACGCCGACGUUCCCACGUGGAAGGAGCUACGGGAGGAGUUAGAUAGACUCGCAAACCAACUCUACCGCGAAUCUAAGAAUACGCAAGUAAUGCGUGCGCCCACCAGCUCCGCACCCACGCGACCCACACGGACAGCAGCGCCGCAGUCAGGGAACGCACGGAAAGCUCUUGAUUGCCACGCAGGCACGCGACGGUGUUAUGCUUGCGAUAGGUCAGGACACGUCGGCGAGAUGUGCCCAGAGCUGCGCGUUCGUUCAGUGUGCGAGCGCGUGAAAUUCAUCAAAGGAAAGGGUAAAUGUGUGAAUUGCCUAUCAAACCAACACGCUGUCACGCAGUGUCCUAGCGAGAAGCGGUGCAAGAUAUGUAAUAUGCUACACCACACAAAGUUACACAUGGAGUCCGUCGUGAACGUGUAGUGACGAUCACACGGUAUACCGCUACGUGCCACCUCCGUAUUACCUCACCCUGCGUUCCUGCUCCGUGCUUCCUUCCCUCUCCCUGCGUUCCUGCUUCGAGCGUGCGUUCCUGCUUCGAGCCUACGUCCCUGCUUCGAGCCACCAUCUCUAAGUGCUAGAGAUGCACUUCCAUCGAUGGCCGAUCCACAUGCGAACGGUUCGUAUUGCCGUUGCGUGGUGUCCUGAGUUCCUGCUUCGAGCCACCAUCUCUAAGUGCUAGAGUUGCACUUCCAUCAAUGGCUGACCCACGUGCGAACGGUUCGUAUUGCCGUUGCGUGGUGUCCAGCGUUCCUGCUUCGAGCGUGCGUUCCUGCUUCGAGCCUGCGUUCCUGCUUCGAGCCUAAGUUCCUGCUUCGAGCCACCAUCUCUAAGUGCUAGAGAUGCACUUCCAUCGAUGGCUGACCCACGUGCUCGGUUCCUAUAGCCGUGGCGUGGUGUCCUGAGUUCCUGCUUCGAGCCAACAUCUCUAAGUGCUAGAGCCGCACUUCCAUCGAUGGCCGACCCACGUGCGAACGGUUCGUAUUGCCGUUGCGUGGUGUCCUGAGUUCCUGCUUCGAGCCACCAUCUCUAAGUGCUAGAGUUGCACUUCCAUCGAUGGCUGAUCCACGUGCGAACGGUUCGUAUUGCCGUUGCGUGGUGUCCUGAGUUCCUGCUUCGAGCCACAAUCUCUAAGUGCUAGAGUUGCACUUCCAUCAAUGGCUGACCCACGUGCGAACGGUUCGUAUUGCCGUUGCGUGGUGUCCAGCGUUCCUGCUUCGAGCGUGCGUUCCUGCUUCGAGCCUGCGUUCCUGCUUCGAGCCUAAGUUCCUGCUUCGAGCCACCAUCUCUAAGUGCUAGAGAUGCACUUCCAUCGAUGGCUGACCCACGUGCGAACGGUUCGUAUUGCCGUUGCGUGGUGUCCUGAGUUCCUGCUUCGAGCUACCAUCUCUAAGUGCUAGAGUUGCACUUCCAUCGAUGGCCGAUCCACGUGCGAACGGUUCGUAUUGCCGUUGCGUGGUGUCCUGAGUUCCUGCUUCGAGCCACAAUCUCUAAGUGCUAGAGUUGCACUUCCAUCGAUGGCCGAUCCACGUGCGAACGGUUCGUAUUGCCGUUGCGUGGUGUCCUGCGUUCCUGCUUCGAGCCACCAUCUCUAAGUGCUAGAGCCGCACUUCCAUCGAUGGCUGAUCCACGUGCGAACGGUUCGUAUUGCCGUUGCGUGGUGUCCUGAGUUCCUGCUUCGAGCCACCAUCUCUAAGUGCUAGAGCCGCACUUCCAUCGAUGGCUGAUCCACGUGCGAACGGUUCGUAUUGCCGUUGCGUGGUGUCCUGAGUUCCUGCUUCGAGCCACCAUCUCUAAGUGCUAGAGUUGCACUUCCAUCGAUGGCUGACCCACGUGCUCGGUUCGUAUUGCCGGUGCGUGGUGUCCUGCGUUCCUGCUUCGAGCGUGCGUUCCUGCUUCGAGCCACCAUCUCUAAGUGCUAUAGCCGCACUUCCAUCGAUGGCUGACCCACGUGCGAACGGUUCGUAUUGCCGUUGCGUGGUGUCCUGAGUUCCUGCUUCGAGCCACCAUCUCUAAGUGCUAGAGCCGCACUUCCAUCGAUGGCUAAUCCACGCGAACGGUUCGUAUUGCCGUUGCGUGGUGUCCUGAGUUCCUGCUUCGAGCCACCAUCUCUAAGUGUUAGAGCCGCACUUCCAUCGAUGGCUGACCCACGUGCGAACGGUUCGUAUUGCCGUUGCGUGGUGUCCUGAGUUCCUGCUUCGAGCCACCAUCUCUAAGUGCUAGAGUCGCACUUCCAUCGAUGGCUGACCCACGUGCUCGGUUCGUAUUGCCGGUGCGUGGUGUCCUGCGUUCCUGCUUCGAGCGUGCGUUCCUGCUUCGAGCCACCAUCUCUAAGUGCUAGAGCCGCACUUCCAUCGAUGGCUGACCCACGUGCGAACGGUUCGUAUUGCCGUUGCGUGGUGUCCUGAGUUCCUGCUUCGAGCCACCAUCUCUAAGUGCUAGAGUUGCACUUCCAUCGAUGGCUGACCCACGUGCUCGGUUCGUAUUGCCGGUGCGUGGUGUCCUGCGUUCCUGCUUCGAGCGUGCGUUCCUGCUUCGAGCCUGCGUUCCUGCUUCGAGCCUAAGUUCCUGCUUCGAGCCACCAUCUCUAAGUGCUAGAGAUGCACUUCCAUCGAUGGCUGACCCACGUGCUCGGUUCCUAUAGCCGUGGCGUGGUGUCCUGAGUUCCUGCUUCGAGCCAACAUCUCUAAGUGCUAGAGCCGCACUUCCAUCGAUGGCCGACCCACGUGCGAACGGUUCGUAUUGCCGUUGCGUGGUGUCCUGAGUUCCUGCUUCGAGCCACCAUCUCUAAGUGCUAGAGUUGCACUUCCAUCGAUGGCCGACCCACGUGCUCGGUUCGUAUAGCCGUGGCGUGGUGUCCUGAGUUCCUGCUUCGAGCGUGCGUUCCUGCUUCGAGCCUGCGUUCCUGCUUCGAGCCUAAGUUCCUGCUUCGAGCCUAAGUUCCUGCUUCGAGCCACCAUCUCUAAGUGCUAGAGAUGCACUUCCAUCGAUGGCUGACCCACGUGCUCGGUUCCUAUAGCCGUGGCGUGGUGUCCUGAGUUCCUGCUUCGAGCCACCAUCUCUAAGUGCUAGAGUUGCACUUCCAUCGAUGGCUGAUCCACGUGCGAACGGUUCGUAUUGCCGUUGCGUGGUGUCCUGAGUUCCUGCUUCGAGCCACCAUCUCUAAGUGCUAGAGUUGCACUUCCAUCGAUGACCGAUCCACGUGCGAACGGCUCGUAUCGCCGUUGCGUGGUGUCCUCCGUUCCUCGAACAUCACCCGUAUUCCCCUAUCGGGGGGAGCUGGACCAGCCAGGUGACUCCAUCGGUCACCGAUUGCUGACAACGACACGGACGGUGUCGAAAAAGCGACGGAAGCAACCCUACACCCAUGCGCAAUGUUUGGGACUGACGACGGUGUCCCAAAGGGGGGAGAAAUGGUUAUCGAAAUUUAAGGAUGUUCGAAAACCCGUCUUCCAAACGCGCCGACGACCCCUGCUUCGAAUGCGUUCCUAGAGCAAUAAGUGCGUUUUUGUCACCUGUCAAAGACAGAACCGCGUGGGAGAGAGUUUCCGGCGUGGAUCCUCUCUCUGCUCCUUUAAAAGCGGCUCCGUGCAAGCAAUCGCUCUCUUUCUGCGCGUGUCCUUCAGCGAUUAAGUUUGUACGACGAUCCGUUGAUUAGCAACGUAUUUAAGCUGCGUGCGUCUUGAUAUUAACGAAUUUUGUGCAAGUGUCAAUAAAACCUUAGAAGUAGUAUAA